GCCAGGAACGGGAAGAGAGCCCGCCGAGAGGUGGCGGGGGCUGCCCACGCCAAGGGCCACAGCCGCCGCGCUCCGGCCUCGCUCCGCCGCUCGACGCCUCGAGUGGCUUGCCCGGGCAGCCGGGCGGGUCGGCAAUGCCCGGGCUGGGGCGAAGGGCGCAGUGGCUGUGCUGGUGGUGGGGGCUGCUGUGCAGCUGUGGACCCUCGCCACUGCGGCAACCUCUGCCGGUAGCCGCGGCCGCCGCCGGGGGGCAGCUGCUGGGAGCCGGCGGGAGCCCAGUGCGUGCAGAGCAGCCGCCGCCGCCUCAAUCCUCUUCUUCGGGCUUCCUCUAUCGGCGGCUCAAGACCCACGAGAAGCGGGAGAUGCAAAAGGAGAUUCUGUCGGUGUUGGGGCUCCCGCACAGGCCGCGCCCCCUGCACGGUCUCCAGCAGCCUCAGUCCCCCGUGCUCCCGCAGCAGCAGCAACCGGUCCGCGAGGAGCCCCCUCCAGGGCGGCUGAAGUCCGCUCCGCUCUUCAUGCUGGAUCUCUAUAACGCUCUGUCCGCCGAUGACGAAGAGGAUGGGGUCUCGGAGGGAGACAGACAGGAACCUGGAUCCCGCGGAGGGGCCAGCUCGUUCCAGCGCAGACAGCCGUCCCCUGGCGCUGCACACUCCCUGAACCGCAAGAGCCUCUUGGGACCGGGACCCGGCGGCGGUGCGUCCCCACUGACCAGCGCGCAGGACAGCGCUUUCCUCAACGACGCGGACAUGGUCAUGAGCUUUGUGAACCUGGUGGAGUGCGACAAGGAGUUCUCCCCACGCCAGCGACACCACAAAGAGUUCAAGUUCAACUUAUCCCAGAUUCCCGAGGGUGAGGCGGUGACGGCUGCAGAGUUCCGCGUCUACAAGGACUGUGUUGUGGGGAGUUUUAAAAACCAAACUUUUCUUAUCAGCAUUUACCAAGUCUUACAGGAGCACCAGCACAGGGACUCUGACCUAUUUUUGUUGGACACCCGUGCAGUGUGGGCCUCAGAAGAAGGCUGGCUGGAAUUUGACAUCACAGCAACCAGCAAUCUGUGGGUGGUGACUCCACAGCACAACAUGGGACUCCAGCUGAGUGUGGUGACUCAGGAUGGACUCCACGUCAACCCCCGCGCGGCGGGCCUGGUGGGCAGAGACGGCCCUUACGACAAGCAGCCCUUCAUGGUGGCCUUCUUCAAGGUGAGCGAGGUCCACGUGCGCACUACCCGGUCAGUCUCCGGUCGGCGUCGGCAGCAGAGUCGCAACCGUUCCACCCAGUCACAGGACGUGUCCCGGGGCUCCAGUGCUUCAGACUACAACAGCAGUGAAUUAAAAACAGCCUGCAAAAAGCACGAGCUUUAUGUGAGCUUCCAGGACCUGGGAUGGCAGGACUGGAUCAUUGCACCCAAAGGCUAUGCUGCCAAUUACUGUGAUGGAGAGUGUUCCUUCCCACUCAACGCGCACAUGAAUGCCACCAACCACGCCAUCGUCCAGACCUUGGUUCACCUUAUGAAUCCCGAGUACGUGCCCAAGCCAUGCUGUGCACCGACUAAGCUCAAUGCCAUCUCGGUUCUUUACUUUGACGAUAACUCCAACGUCAUCUUGAAAAAAUACAGGAAUAUGGUCGUGAGAGCUUGCGGAUGCCAUUAAGGCGAAGCCCAUUGCUAGUGACUCUGCCUUGGAUUCCUGCCUAAAUCUGCCUUAACACACACGAAGAAGCACAGCGAAGUGGGACGAUGGCACUGGAAGCGUCUCCCGCUGGUGCCUUUGCCCAAGGGGGAUCUUAGGAAGACCUUGCUGACGACGUCCCCAGGUCAUACCUGAGCAGUUGCUGUCUGUAGGAAGUUGUAGUGCUUUCAGUACAGGCCUGGUAACUGCAGACCACUGCCCCCGGUCCCACCCAGACUAGUUUUAGCAUUUAGAUCUAGCUGUUUGCAGUAUAAGUAGAGAAUAACCUCGAAGGAAUAUGAAAUACACCUGACGGAAAGAACGGCUGGUUCAGUAGCACUGGGAGAUUCUGCAGGUAACAGAAUGUAGAGGAAAGGGGAGCUCUAUCAGAUUCCAUUCCCAGCAAGGCCAGCUCACCCUAGACCUGCAUUCUGACCACCAGCAUGCUCUGGGGAGGUGCCUUUUGUCUGCUGUUGCGGUCACAUGGUUUUUGUUGUUAUUGGUGGUGGUGUGAAAAUGUACUAAUUUCAGUCGAAACAAACUGAAGCACUCGUGCACCCCCUUCUUCCCUAAAGUCUUUACUAGAACCCAAAGUAGAAGGGCCAUACUGUGUGGUAGGGCGUGAAGCAUCUGCAGCAGCCUUCCUCUAAGCCACGGACCAGCAGAAAGUGACUGCAGCUCUCAGCGGGCUCGACAAGCACGUUCACACAGGAACACCGGCUCCCCACACCAGCUCUCCAACUGCUCUUUGCCUUUUCCCUACGGUAGCACCCACGGCUCAGGACUAGUCUGCAGCAGAGACCCAGAGGAAGGGCCCUGCCUCUAAGAAUGGGUUUGUCGAGGUGAGCAUGUUAUUUGUGAACCAAAACCACAGUUUCCUCUUGUAGAAAGUAAGAAUCAGAUUAAAUCUUAGGAUAUUUUUUAGAUGUCUUUUUCACAAUCAUGUACUGGGAAGCAAUUUCGUACUAAACUGAUUAAAUAAUACAUUUAUAAUCUGUAACUGUACUUACAGCUUUUUUUGUAAAUAGAAACUAUAAUUUAUUGUCUAUUUUAUAUCCAUUUUGCUGUAACAUUUAAGCAAAGACCAGACCUUUUCUUUAAAAAAAAUUUAUUUAGAAAGUAUAAACCAAUUGUACCACUUGAGUUUUCUUUUAAUACAAGACUCAUGAUGCAAAGCUGAAGCCACGGUGAGCUGGGCCUCAAGGACAGCUGUGAACCACACAUGAUUAAUAAUAAAUGUCUGGAAGGGGCCGGCAGGGUGCCGUUGCUGAUGAGGAAGUAGAUGUGGUCUUGUUUCUAGUCCCCUUACAAUUCAUUCUGUGCUAGGUGCUGAGUUCACCUGCUCACGGAAGGUGGGUGCAGGGUCUGGGCACAAAGUGCUCCUGAGGACAAGCAACUCAAUGCGAAAGACAGAGGCUCGCCACGAGCCUUAGCUGCAUCUCUGUACAGGUGAGAGCGGCAAUGUCUACCAUCCAGGACGACAAGAAUGAGAAGGAGCUAGUGUGAUAUCCAGCCUUGGGCAGUCUUUGGUCUGGAGGUCAGAUGGAUCCUCCUGCUCAUACAGUACAAGGUCAGCCUCCGUGAAGGUGGACAUCAGAGAGCAAGCUGCUGAGAGGAGUGCUUGGGAAGAGGAUCAGAGCUGUAGCUAGAAAGGCCAGACAGAAGCUGCAGCAUCUCCCUGGGCCUGAAAAGCCCAUCGGGUGCUUUUGCCCUAGGAGGCAAAUAGAAUGGUGGUGACCACUGUGUGGCCCCUCCCACACCCUCACUUCCUGCAGAAGAUAGCUACACCUUCCACCUAUGCCAAGCAGACAAGAGGAUCCUUUGAACCUACAUCAAAGUGCCAUUCACAUGGCUGCCGUGGCUUACCUCUCUCAAUGAGAGAAGUACUGACAGCCAGGAGCCCAACCUUAGCUUUGAAGGUAUUUCUAAAAUUCUGUGGAUUUUUGUUUUGUUUUAAAAUCUCCACAAACUAUGGACCACCAUAUUAUAAAGUCAACUGUGACCUUCAGAUCAGAGGGACAUCAAUGUGCCACAGGCCACCUUUCCAGAAUUCAGGCAGUUCAAAAACCUGCUUUGGAUGAUGCAUUUCUGCCACAUCCCUCAGGAGCCAACAGGGGUCAGCAAUUUGGUUUUCCUUAACUAUAUUUUUGUUGCAAGGGAAGCCAAUUUAAUUUUGUCAAGAGAAGGUUACAGGACGGA